AUGCAAGGGCUCGGCGCGUUUUGUGCACCGUUCUUGUCUGGACCAAUGGCGGGCCACCAAGGAGGGCUUCGCCUUCUGCCACUGCUCCACGUGCAAGACGCGGUUUCAGCUGCGCGUGUGCCCGCCGCCCGACCCGCAAUUCCACCAUCUCAAGUUCAGAUUCUUUGUCGCAAGGGAUGUUGUGCUCGUGACGCUGCUGGUGCAGCUGGGUUUCCACUCCUCCUCGCACUCGCUCCCUCACUCGCUCCCUCACUCGCUCCCUCACUAGCUCCCUCACUCACUCCCUCACUCUCCCCGCCGGGAUCUGCUCCCCCCCUUCUCCCAUUCCCCCCCUUCUCCCAUUCCCCCGCUUCUCCCAUUCCCCCCCUUCUCCCAUUCCCCCGCUUCUCCCAUUCCCCCCCUUCUUCCCUCCUCAAUUUCUGCCACCUCUCGCGUGCAGCCAGUGUGGCCGAGCUGAGGCCAUUCCUCGCUCGAAGCGCCUCUAGAAGGCCGGGGAGCCAUUGA